UCAGCUGGAGCUUCGUUUCUCUCUCCUCAGUAGACCUCAUCCGGCCACACAGCAAACGCGGCACACCAAACGGACUUUAAACAAAACAAACAAACACAAUUUUUUAUUUUUCCUCAUUUCCAAUCAUGUUUUGGUGCCUGUUUUUUAUCCUGUCUUUAGCGGACGCUCAAACCUCCAGCCGGUUCGUGGUGGGCUGCCCGGCGCGGUGCGACAAGUCCAUGUGCCCCCGUUCUCCAUCGUCCGACUGUCCGGCGGGACAGACUCUCGACGCCUGUCAUUGUUGCCCGGUUUGCGCGUCCGGCGAAGGCGAGGCGUGCAGCGGCAGCGGCAAACUCGGCGACCCGGUGUGCGGAGAGGGUCUGGAGUGCUCUGUGUCCGGCGGCGUCGGCUACACCGCCACCGUGCGCCGGAGGAGCAAGACGGGCAUCUGCGCCUGCAAAACUGUGGAGCCCGUUUGUGGCAGCGACGGGGUGUCCUACCGAAACAUCUGCGAGCUGAAGAGGGUCAGCCGGCGGGCGCAGAAACUCCAGCAACCGCCUGUCCUCUUCAUUCAGCGAGGGGCCUGUGGGAAAGCUCAGGACAACCCAGACAGCCCGAGACAUAAGUACAACUUCAUUGCCGACGUGGUGGAGAAAAUUGCACCAGCUGUGGUUCACAUCGAGCUCUACCGCAAGAUGACAUACUCCAAACGUGAGGUGGCUGUGGCCAGCGGCUCGGGCUUCGUAGUGGCAGAUGAUGGCCAGAUCGUGACCAACGCGCAUGUGGUGGCCAACAAGCACCGCGUCAAGGUGGAACUCAAGAGCGGGGCCAUCUACGACGCCAAGAUCAAGGACGUGGACGAGCGCUCCGACAUCGCCCUCAUCAAGAUCGAGGCGCCGACCAAACUCCCCGUGCUGCUUCUGGGCCGCUCCUCGGACCUGAGGCCGGGUGAGUUCGUGGUGGCCAUCGGAAGCCCUUUCUCCCUGCAGAACACCGUCACCACGGGAAUUGUCAGCACCACCCAGAGAGGGGGCAGGGAGCUGGGCCUUAGCAACUCUGACAUGGACUACAUCCAAACGGACGCCAUCAUCAAUUAUGGCAAUUCGGGAGGACCUCUAGUCAAUUUGGAUGGAGAGGUUGUCGGAAUCAACACGCUAAAGGUGACCGCUGGCAUUUCCUUCGCCAUUCCCUCGGACAAGAUUCAGCAGUUCCUGACAGAGUCUUAUGACAGACAGUCCAGAGGUACAGCAGCAGCGAAAAAGAAAUACAUCGGCGUGCGGAUGAUGACUCUCACUUCAUCCCUGGCCAAAGAGCUGAAGACCCGACAUCGAGACUUUCCUGACAUCACCUCUGGCGCAUACGUCAUGGAAGUCAUUGCGAAGACGCCGGCUGCGGUUGGCGGCCUCAAAGAACACGACGUGAUUAUCUCCAUUAAUGGCAAGAGGAUUUCCACGGCCAACGAUGUGAGCGCCGCCGUCAAGAAGGACAAAAGCCUGAAAGUGGUGGUUCGCCGUGGCAAUGAGGACGCCAUCCUCACCGUCGUUCCCGUGGAGAUCGACCCUUGACCUCCACUCCAGUUGUAACUGCGACCAUGCUGGGCCUACCGCUGAGGAACUAAAAGGUGGUGGGUGGGGAGGGGAUUCUAUGGACACGCCAUCCUCCCGUGAGUUGCCAGAUAUCGGAAUAUUCUGGCGAGAUGCCUUGAAACCCAACGACUGUACGGAUUGCUGUAAAAAGCCAUGCUGUACUUCCUUUCUGUGUGUAUGUGAGUUAGGUGUAUGGGUCUGUUUUCACUUUUCUACUCUUCUGGGGACACUUCCAACAAACAAGAAGCUAUUGUUGUCUGUUUCUUUUUUUUUUUUUUUUUUUUAAUAUUAUUGCUCAGUGAGGCCUUCCUCUGCACUUUUGUAGCUAUUUAGAGACUUGCUGAGCACAUCUUAUUUGUAUUAUUGUUGUGUUCUAACCUCUUUUUUAUUGAACAAAAAAAGUACUGUAGAAGAUUUUUAAUGAUGAUGUUUGAUGGAAAUAAAUUGUUUCACCGUUUAGUUUUGAAGCACUUUCAUUUGCAGUCACAAAUAGAUUGUCAUGAAUGAGUGCUAAAUGAACAAGUAAUUAAUUGAUGAAGUUGUAUUUAAAAAAAAAAAAAGGAUAUUGUCAGUAAAAGAUUUAAUAAACUAUAAUAGAAUCCAUUCUGGGCAACCAAAAUGUGAUUCUAGGGAAUUCAAAUUUACGAGAGCAAUUUCAUUUACUAUCAAAAUUGUGGGGAAAAAAUUAAUCUGUGCAGAAAAACAGUUUAAAGAAAUACAAAUCAAAUUAAAUCUUCCCUGGACCACAUAAAAACAAAUACAAUCAAAGUACAGUUCAAAUGAAUUAAAAUCUCAUCA